AUGAUUAUGUAUACAUCUGGUGUCACCCAAAGCAAAACAGACAAGAGGGAGAACAAACGUUUCGCCCUCAGCGAAAGCUCUGGCCGGUUCGAGGUGUUCUUUUUUGAGUCCGGCUGUUCCUGGUGCGCUGUUUUGGUCGACUGCUCAGUUAAAACCACUGCUCCCAUUUACGUCCGCUCGCCAGCCUACGCGAUCGGAGCAGGGCUUCGCAGACGGAAUGAGUACAAGAGUACGUUUAUACAUCAUCAUCAUCAUCAUCAUACUAUUGUUACAGACAGCAGUGUGUAA